AUGGAGGAGGAAGGGGCCAAUCGUUGGGGUGCGGCCUUGGACCCCCUGUUGCUUGCGUUCUCCAGGCUUGCAAGCGAGGACCUGGCGCGUUGCAGCCUGGUCUGCAAGAGCUGGGCCGCGCUGCUGCUCUCCAGCGCUCCAUGGGAGGCGGCCCUGCGGCGGGAGUACGGGUAUGUGCCACCGCCGGCGGCGAGGCACCAGGCUCGGCAGCUGUUCAUGGCUGCUCACACCAGCCGCCUCUUCCUCGCCGGCCGCAACAUCCUGCCGGCCUGCUGCGCCGCCAGGAGCGGCGGCAGCAGCCGGUUCACCGCCCCGGAGCGCCUGACACUGCCGGCCAGCGGGGACGACGGCCCUGCCAGCGGCAAUGCAGCCUCGGAGCUCGCUGCCCCGCAGCUGGUUCCCCACAGCCGGCUGAGCGUCAAGGCUGUGGCUGCCGGUGCCGACUUUGCGGCCCUGCUGAUGUGGGAUGGCGCGGUGCUGGACACACGGUGCCUGCCGGUCUCAGCGGCCAGCAGCAGCGGCAGCGAGCUCCGGGCACAGCAGGGAGGCCUGGACUGGACAGGCCUGUGGCGGCCUCCCUGCGGCAGGGCGGUGGCCGUCGCCGCUGGGGGCUGCUGGCAAGGCAACGGCAGGCCUGGUGGCCACGUGCUGGUGGUGACAGACCAGAGCACGGUGUGGGCAUGGGGCGGCAACUGUGCAGGGCAGCUGGGCCUGAGCACCAGCGCAAGCCCACCAGGCGCCAGCCCUGCUGCCGCUGCCGCCGCCUGGGUGGCAGCACCUCUGGAGGCGGUUGACUCGUCGGCCGCCGCGGCCAUGGGCCUGCCCACAGCAGCCGCAUGCGGCGAGGAGCACUCUGUGCUGCUGAGCGCCAGCGGCCAGCUGCACGCCGCGGGAAGCAACGGCAGCGGAGCGUGCGGCCUGCCACUGGUGCAGCUGAGGGCUGCAGCGUUCAGCGAGGUGUGGCUGCCGCCCGGCGAGGCGGCCGCAGCAGUCAGCUGCGGUGGGCGCAACACCGCUGCCAUCACGGCCAGCGGGCGCCUGCUGGUGUGUGGGUCCAACGAGCACGGCCAGUGCGGCGUGGGCAGGGUGGGAGACUGCUGCUGGCACCUGGCCGACAUAGGCCCCAGCGCGGCGUGGCACGGCUUGCAGCGCACCAACCAGCUCAGCGGCGGCGGGUUUGGGGAGGCCGCCGCCGGGCAGGGCGUGGUGGCGGCGGCCUGCGGCAACGGCAGCCUCUACGCCCUCACGCAGCAGGGCGAGGUGUUUGCCUGGGGGCAGGGAGGCCAAGGCGCGCCCAGCGGCUGCGAGCUGGGGCUGGGCGGCAGCAGCAGGAGCGUGUGCACGCCUUCCAGGCUGGCCUGGGCGCGGGAUGCCGCCUGCCUGGCGGCCUCGUGCAGCGGCCGCUUUGCAGCGGUGGUGGAUGGGCACGGCAGGCUGUUCACAUUCGGGGCGGGAAAGUAUGGUGCGCUGGGACACGGCGACACCAACAAGAAAGCGGUGGGGAGGCCGGUCAAGGCGCUGCAGGGCAUGCAGGUGCACGCGGCAGCCUGCGGCGCGGACUGGCUGCUGAUCGUGGCCGCGUGGAAGCCGCCAGCGGGCAGGGCUGGCCGCGGCGGCGGCGCCGGCGGUGGCAGGAGGGCAACGGUGCAGACGGCAGCCCCCGCUGGCGAGCAAGGUGCCUCGCAGAUGCCGGGAGAGCAGCCAGCCACCCCGCCAGUGCCUGGACGCCGGCGCGGCAGCCCCUUCACCACAUCCGAGGAGGCGAGCGUUGCCGGCCCCGGCAGCAGCGGCAGCAGGCUGCGCGGGCGCUCAGGUCGCGAGCAGCGCAAGGAGGAGCGCAGGCUUGCACGCGCCGGCGGGAGGGGGUGGCUGCCCGAGCCGCCCGAGCUGCCAGCCGCGGCGGCUCUGUCCAGGCGGCAGCGCUGGAUGGCGGAGCCACCGGCAGCAGCCAGCGCCCCGUCCCGUCCAGCUGGCGACCAGGAGGAGGGCAGUGCCAGCAGCGGCAGGCGGGGGGGCCUGGAUCGGGAGAUGGCGUACCUGCUCAGGUGCCAGCUCAAGGCCUUCAGCGCCGACCCCAGCCAGCGCCAGCUGGUCUUCCCGCGCAGCUUCUCGGCCAGGGACCGCUGGCAGAUACAUGUGCUGGCGGAGGAUUGGGGCCUGAUGCACGAGAGCAUCGGCGAGGGGGGCCGCAGGAAGCUGGUGGUGUGGAAGCCGAGCCGCUCACGCAGGUCGCUCGAGCCCAGCAUGCUGGCCGGCGACAGCGACAGCGAGGAUGGCGCUGCUGCAGAUCCUGAGGAGUAG